CCAGACAAUUGCAGGAAGGGCUCUCCGGAGCCGGCCAUCGUGCCCUGGAGGCAGCUGCGCUCACCGAUGGCCAGCGGGCUGGAGCAAAGCCCGUGCGCUCCCCGGCCGGGCGCUGGGAGCAGGGAUGCGCUGUCUGUAGGUGCCGAGUGUCAGCCUCAGGCUAGGGAUCAGGGGUGUCUGAGCGGGUGUGCAUCGUGCAGAAGAGGGACACGGAGAAGAUGUACGCCAUGAAGUACAUGAACAAGCAGCAGUGCAUCGAGAGGGACGAGGUGCGCAACGUGUUCAGGGAGCUGGAGAUCCUGCAGGAGAUCGAGCACGUGUUCCUGGUGAAUCUCUGGUAUUCCUUCCAGGAUGAGGAGGACAUGUUCAUGGUGGUGGACCUGCUCCUGGGGGGUGACCUGCGCUACCACCUGCAGCAGAACGUUCAGUUCACUGAGGACACCGUCAAACUGUACAUCUGUGAGAUGGCGCUGGCUCUGGACUACCUGCGGAGUCAGCACAUCAUCCACAGAGAUGUAAAACCAGACAAUAUCCUCCUCGAUGAACAAGGUCAUGCCCAUUUAACAGAUUUUAAUAUUGCAACAAUCAUUAGGGACGGUGAAAGAGCGACAGCAUUGGCUGGGACAAAGCCAUACAUGGCCCCGGAGAUUUUCCAUUCCUUCCUGAGCGGCGGGACGGGCUAUUCCUUCGAGGUGGACUGGUGGUCUCUGGGAAUCAUGGCCUACGAGCUGCUGCGGGGCUGGAGGCCGUACGACAUCCACUCCAACAACCCCGUGGAGUCCCUGGUGCAGCUCUUCAGCACCGUCAGCGUUCAGUACUCCUCAGCCUGGUCCAAGGAAAUGGUCGCGCUGCUGCGGAAGCUGCUGACAGUGAACCCCGAGCAUCGCUUCUCCUGCCUGGCCCACAUCCAGGCCUCGGCUCACCUGUCGGGCGUGGUCUGGAGCGAUGUGUGCGAGAAGCGCGUGGAGCCGGGCUUCGUCCCCAACAAGGGCCGCCUGCACUGCGACCCCACCUUCGAGCUGGAGGAGAUGAUCCUGGAGUCAAGGCCCCUGCACAAGAAGAAGAAGAGACUUGCAAAGAACAAGUCAAGGGAUAACAGCAAAGACAGCUCCCAGUCUGAAAAUGACUAUCUCCAGGAAUGCCUUGAAGCUAUCCAGCAGGACUUUGUAAUCUUCAACAGAGAGAAGCUAAAGAAGAGCCAGGAGCAGCCGAGCGAGUCCGCGUCUGCCUCCGAGACCACCGAGGAGGCGGAGGCCGAGCCCCUGCACAUGUGCAGCUCCGUGUGCUCCUCGGGCAGCAGCUAGGCCGCGGCCGCCGGGCCAGGCCGCCCGCCCUCACCCGCCCUCAGGUGCGCCGAGCACCCGAGCCCGCCCGGACAGCGCCGGCAGCUCCCCCUGCGAGCCGGGGCAAACCAGAGUUCCCACAGGACUGUCCUCCCGGGCCGUGGAUCGCCUGCCCAGCUGCCCCCAAGAGCCGGGGCAAACCAGAGUUCCCACAGGACUGUCCUCCCGGGCCGUGGAUCGCCUGCCCAGCUCCCCCCGAGAGCCGGGGCAAACCAGAGUUCCCACAGGACUGUCCUCCCGGGCCCUGGCACCAUGGCUGCCUGUCGGGGGAAGAUACGGCCUAUGCAACUUGUCAGGGGAAGAGAUCAACUUAUUUAGUCUUUCUGUUUUAAUGUCAGGUUGCUGAGCUACACGUUUUUAAUGCAGUGAGAGGACAGGGAGAGAAGCCAUGUCCACGGGGAGAGACAAGGAGCAGGGAGGAAGGCCAGAGCCGUGGUGUGAGCUGGACUUUGGCAUUCCCCGUUCACAAAUGCUGCCCUGGGGAUGGGCAAUCCCUGUGCAAGCCAGAGCAGCCCCGGGGCCUCUCUGGCACCAGCUCCUGGGAGCCUCCAGCUGUUCGGGGCCUGCAGCACAAGGAUGUCCCAGGCACCUCCUUGUCCUUGUGUCACCUGUCAGUUCCUUACCCGAUUCAAGGCAAAUAAAUGGUUUUUGUGCACUCCAUGGAUUCUUCAGGACCUGGGUAAUGGUUUAAUGUGUAUUUGAGAUGCAGAAUGCAUUUAAAAUAUUUUCUUCCUUGACGUGGCUGCUGCAGGCAGUGAGGAGCUGUGGGAUGGGUUGGAGGGUCUGGCUCCAUGUGCCCAGGCUUGGAGGACACAGUUCAUCACAGCUGAGGUUUUGUUGGAGGCAGAGUGGGUGGCCUUGCAAGGCUGCUUGGUUAUGAAAGACAGGAAUAUUGUAUUUCACCCUUUGAUUGACUUUAUUUUCAGUGUAAAGUACUGUAUAUAAUUUGCCAAUACCUGUCUUAACUUCUUAAUAAGAUGGGAAAUUUUCCCUUGCUCCAGCUGUGGAUGUUGCCUUUCUCGUUGCAGGGGCCUUCACUAUUUUAGUAGUUUAAUCUGCUGCAGAGUGGUUUUUGGUUUCUGUGGCUGAACCCAAGCCCUGCAGUGCCACACAACUGCUCUGGUGCCCCAGGUGUGUGGUGAGACCACAGUCAGCAUCAAACCAUCAGCAGCUGUUUGCUGCCAGGCACUGGGAGGCUGCAGUGUCUGCAGCCUUACUGGGUCCUCCUAAUGCAGAAAUGGAUGGGACAUGCUCUCAACAGAUCAGAUUCUGUCAGGACCGAUUUUGUUGCAGUUUUUGUUUCCAUGAAUAAACCAGAAAGGCAGAAUGAUCUUACACAAGCAAGGACACAGCGUGUGUCUCCCACAGUUGUAUGUGGGAAUCAGUGUGUGUGCCGAGACAUGUUUUGAUGGAAGUCUCUAAGGGUGUGCAGGAGGAGGAGAGCCGAAGCUCUGGCUCCAGUUGCGUGGUUAUUUUUAGGGCAGAGCCAGUAGAUGCUGUCAGCGCCGGGGUCCCUCAUGUCAGCCAUGGGUCCUGCCCACGCCGUGCCUCGUUAGGAUCUGCGUUAAUGACGGCUCAGGGGCUGUGGCCAGUUAGUGAGCGAGGCCUGAAAUCAGUGUGUCCUUCUGCUCCUUCUCCCAGCUACAGGAGGACUCCUACCCUGGCUCUGAUCUCAGGCUGUGCUGGGGAACUGCCCUCUCUGUCCCCAGUAACUUCCAGUCUCUUACUGGGUACCAGGGAGGCCUAAUUACCUUCUCACCUGUCAGGGCUCACCUUUGUGUGCCGGUGGGCCACGUGCUCUGGCCCCUUGGCUGUGCUGAGCAGCCCCUGCUCUCCACACGGGGAGCCUGGUCCUCUCCCCGGGGCUCUGUGCUCACCUUGUGUCUCCAUCCCACAUCUCUCUGCUGGAACACCUGCUCUCUCCUGGCACAGCAGAUGAGGGCCAAACCACGUAUUUAUUCAGCAUUAUAGGUGAUUUACUCCACCGGUGUGGGUAGGGUUUUACAAUGAAUUCCAUUGCACUAUUUAGCAACUUCUGCAAAUAAGAACAAAAUUCUGGACUAUCAGAAUGACGAGGAGCAUCACUGAUUUUUUUACCAAACCAUCCCAUAGGUGAGAGAUGAAGAUACAUCCUAUUCAGCCAGGAGUUCUCGGGCCAGGAGAGGUGUUGGCAGUUACAGGACGUGUGUAAUUGAUGUUUUCAUCGCUUUCCUUAGGACAAGAGACAAGUGGGCCCUGAGGUGGGGGUUGGUGUGUGGGGGGAGCCGCUGGCUUGCUUCUGGCACUGAGGUUUCUCAGCCCAAACACUCUCUCUGUCAGUCAUCUGUUCCCCUUGCAGCACCCCUCUUCUUCGGUGCAUUGUGCAAAACAGCUCAGCGGCUCCUGGCAGAAGCCAGGAGAGCUUCUGGGGGGAUGCCAGCGUGUCCCAUGUCUGGCUCACCCCAUCCACGAUGGAGUCCUGGGGGUUUGAUCCUCUCUCCUCCCUGUGCCCGUCCCGUGGGCGUUGCCUGCCCCUGGCUGCUGGCACAGGCUGGGCUGGGCAUGGGGACAAAGCUCUGGGGGCACGGCGGGGUUGUGGUGCCCAAGGUGGUGCCAGUGUUGGUGCCAUUGUCCUGGCUGUGCCCCGGCUACUGCUGCUGAGCAAACCUCACAAUGAAGUUGUGACAGAGCCCUGGUCCCACAUCCCGGCCUGGAAGGUGUCACUGACAGCUCUGGGUUACACCUCCACUGCAGCCGGAACACGGGAAUUUUCUGUACAUAAAUAUUUAAAUACCUGUAUUUUUUUGUAUGACAGAUUUAUACAGUGUGUGCCAUUAUCUGCUGUGAAAAGUCUACAGCACCUAUAAAUUAUUCUCCUUUAAUCACUUGCCAUGAGAUUGUUUUCUUAUCUCUGUUGUGUUACGAAGUUUUGCAAAGUUGCGUAUUUUUAAGCGCUUGCAUUGAAUUCCACAGCCUUCACUGGGAAUUUUGUGCAGAAGACAAAUGCCAGGUCAGGUCCUGAUAUUUCUUCUGUUGCCAAUUCUCUAUUACUCCAGAGCUUGCCAGAAAGUCUGAGUAAUAAAAUAAUAACAAAAAUACCAGUAAUAUGGACUUGACCCUGGACAGUACUGAAAUCCUGCUGCCUUGGAGGGUAUUUUUAAAAAUUAUUUCAGUGCAGAUAUAUGUAAAUAUAUCUUUGUAUUUUAUGUUAAUAAAUUCCUGUAAUUUUCUUGCAUGACAAUUUUACCACAUCACAGAAUAUUUAAGUUAGAACAAGGCUGUGUUUUUGCAGAUACUGCCAGAAGCCAUUGCACAUGUGGGGUAAUAAAUGUGUAUUUUUAACAUUGC